GGUUCUCCGGUGUCAGGCCGCGGAGGGUUCGGACGGAUUCGGUGCUUUAAGUCGACAGAGUUAACGGUCAGUUUGUGUCUCUGCCGGUUUUAACGGCUUUGUCGCCUCUGUUUCCCGCGCUCACUUAAAAUGGCGGCUGAGCGAAUGACGGUUACCAUGGAAACAGACUGAUAGACAGGAAACCAGCUGCGAGUCGGACAGGAAACGGGUCCAGAACCGGGUCAGUGACGGGUCAGGGUGGCUGCGGCGUCGUCCUGGUGGAGGAGCCGGCUGAUGGAGAGCGACUGUCGGAUUCCCAUGGCCUGCUGUCGGCCUCGAGUGCUCGUCCUCCACGCUCUGUUCUGGGGCCUCGUGUCGCUCAGGGUCUUUGGAGCGGCUCUGCUGAGUGAUGAGAGAACCUCAGUGGUGAAAGCGGUGGUCGCCCCCUGCUGGCUGCUGGAGGACUUCGUAGUGACCACAGAGUGUUUGCAGUGUAACGCCUUCCAGACUAGGACGUGGUCAGCGUGCGGAGCGACGGGAUACGUGGAGCGAGUCAACUGCACCAAAUCCAACAGGGACGAGCACAAGAGCUGUCGCUCCACUGUGAUGGAGGAGCAUCUCUUCUGGAAGUUUGAGGCGGCCAUGUUGGCUCUGACAGCUCUGUUCGGCGUCCUGGUGGUUGUCCGUCAACGCUGGCUCGACCGGCUUGCCUCCGAGAAGGUCCGGCGCCAGAUCGAGUCCAUCUAGGACGGCAGAGACACCUGGACCGAGUGUGUUUAUCUACUAUAACGUGGAGGUUAAAGCGAGCUGGGGUCUGGACUGGACCAGGACUCGAGAACUGUUUAGAGUCUGCUGGACUAAAUCCAGCCUGAACUGGAUCAGAACCAGACCUGACACGUCAGGAAAGACUGUUUUGCCUUUACGUUUAAUUUAGAUCAUUGUUUUCCAGGACCAGAACUGUGUCCAAUAGGGGCUGUAAAAGGGACAGAUGGUUCUGUUGGUGGUUCUGGUGUCAGCUCACUUUGUUCUGAUGUAAACCUUCUGUGAUUGGUCAGAAAAUAAAGAACGAGAAUGUUUGA